AUGUUAAAAGGGAUCAAGAAUCAAGGAAAUAGUUGUUUUCUAAAUUCUCUUUUAAUUUGUUUAUCUAAAAGUCUAUUUGUAACCUAGGUUUAAGAUGAUUUAUUUCAAUCAUUCUUAUUAGACACACUUUAAUAUUUAAACGAGUGUCAUGAUGCAAAAAACUUAGAAUUGUUUUGGAUUGAACUUAGAAAGAGAUAACCUAUGCUUUUUUCAUCAAAUCCAUAGAAUUAAGAACCAUAAGAUGCUUUUGAAAUAUUGUUAUUUUUAUUAUCAGAGAGCAAACUUUUAGAUUCAUGCUUAAUAAUUAAUGAAUCUCCUUAUUGUGAAAUACCUGAACAUAAAAAUUGUAUAUAUAUUCAUUAAAGUUGGGUGAAAGAUAUAUUAUAUUACAUAUGGGAAUAAAAUGUUGAUAUCAAUAAUUUAGAAUUAUUAGUUGAUCUAAAUGAUAAUUAAUAAAGUAUGAGAAUGUUUAAAAUGAUACCUGGUUCUUCAGAAUAAUUUAAUUGGCAUGUAGCAGAUAAGAUGGAAUUUGAUCUAUAUACUUAUCAUGUAGAAACUUAGGUUGAUGAAUUUUUAUAUAAGAUUGAGUAAGAUAUAUAAAAAUAUAUUAGAGAAUUGUUUUAUAAUAUGUUGAACAUGAUAUAACAUAAACAGUUUAACGAUCUCGAUAUUUAUAUUUAGAUUAAAAAAUAACUUAACAUUAAUUAUAUUAUUUACUUAGACAAUAAUUAGAAUAAACUCAUAUUAAUUUUGAUGUUUAUUGUGUAUAUGGUUACAUUAGUGAUUAAAAUGAAUUUUGGGAACCAAUUUCUCCACUUUACUUAGUUUUUAGAACAAAAGAUUUAGAUGAAUUCUUAUGGUGUAAAUAAUUGGAUAUUCCUACUUAAGUCUUAAAUUAUUAGAAUAUUUUUAAAGAAGAUAAACCUAUAUAAAUUGUUGAUUAAUUGACAAAUACAUUAAUCCUAAUAUUAUAAAGAAAUGAUAUAAUUAAAAAUACAAAUCCUUAUUUUAUUAGAUAGGAAUUAAAAGUUAAAGUAUAAAAAUUAGAAUAAUAUAUAUAGACUAAUUGUUAUGAUUUAAUGGGUAUCUGUUGCCAUUUAGGAGAUGCUAAAGGAGGCCAUUAUGUAAGUUAUGUUAAGAAUAUGAAUAUGUGGUAAAUGUGGGAUGAUGAAAGAGUUGAAAUGCGUAACAUAGACUUUCAAUGUAUGUAAACAGCCUAUAUUCUAUUUUAUAAAUUGAGAUGA